CCUAUUUAGUGGAGAUUUUGAACAAACGCGAGUACGAGUAGGCCCGAGCCUAGGCCACGACGAUAAAAAAAAUGUCAGCGUCGAUGAUUGGAAGAAAGUUGCCGAUUGAAAGUUUUCGGAACGAAAUAAUUCGUUCUUUCACAAAAUCGCGUGCGAUUGUUAUUGUGGGACAGACUGGAAGUGGUAAAACUACUCAGUUGCCACAAUUUCUUCAUGAAUGUGGUUUCAGCAAGUAUGGAUUAAUUGGUGUGACACAGCCCAGACGAGUAGCUGCCAUAUCUGUUGCUAACAGGGUUGCAGACGAGAUGAAAUGUGAAGUUGGAGAAGAAGUUGGUUAUCAGGUCCGAUUUGAUGAUCAUACGUCAGAUGCUACAAGGAUCAAGUACAUGACAGAUGGCUGUCUGCUUAGAGAAUUCUUAGAUGACAGGGAGCUGAGAAAAUACAGUGUUAUUGUCCUUGAUGAAGCACAUGAAAGAAGUUUAAGCACAGAUAUUUUAUUUGGCUUAGUGAAGCAAGUUUUUUUAACUAAAAACUCUGUGCAAUCAAAGAGAGAGCGCCCACUUAAGGUUGUCGUAAUGUCAGCGACGCUGGAUGAAGGGAAAUUUUGUCAUUUUCUCUGUGAUUGUCCAGUACUCGAGAUUCCAGGCCGUGUAUUUCCUGUUCAGGAUAUUUACUGUGAUUUAGUCAAAGAAACUGAUUUGAAAAGUAACACUACAAUUAAUUAUGUAAAGAAGGUUGUAGAUGUUGUUAUGCAGAUCCACAUGGAGGAGUUAUUAGGUGAUAUUCUUGUUUUUUUAACUGGCCAAGCUGAAAUUGAGCAUGCAUGUGACCAGCUGUAUGAGAUGUCGGAAAGGAUUGAGUAUUGUCACGAUGUACAAGAUCCCAAUAUCGAAGCUCUGCUGAUUUUACCAAUUUAUGGCUCAAUGCCCACUGAUCUUCAACGUAGAAUAUUUUCUCCAGCUGACCGUGGUGUGAGAAAGGUUGUUGUGGCCACAAAUAUAGCAGGCACCUCCUUAACAAUUGAUGGAAUCAGGUAUGUUGUUGAUAGUGGAUUUGUAAAGCAGCUUACCUACAAUCCCCGUACUGGUCUUGAUGCUCUACAAGUUGUGCCUGUUUCAAGAUCUGAAGCAAUCCAGAGGACAGGAAGAGCAGGAAGAACUGCACCUGGAAAAUGCUACAGAAUUUAUUCAAAAGGAUUGUUUGAGAACUGCAUGAGUGAAGAUACAGUUGCUGAGAUCCAGCGUUCCAGCCUGACCAGUGUUGUGCUUAACCUCAAGUGCAUGGGAGUACAUGACAUCAUUAAUUUUCCUUAUUUGGAUGCUCCAGAGGAAAGAAUGUUACUUGAAGCUUUAAGGGAACUUUAUUACUUUGGUGCAAUAGAUAAGGAAGGUCAUAUUACUGACCUUGGGCACCUAAUUGUUGAUUACCCCUUGCCUCCAUUCCUAGCAAGGGCAGUAAUCAACUCAGGUGCUAUGGGUUGUCAGGACAUCUUUCUCCCAAUUGCUGCCAUGUUAUCAGUGGAAAGUGUCUUCAUAAGACCAGGUGAUGAGAAACGACAGAAGGAAGCGACCGAGGUGCACAAUGAGUUGGCCGCGAUGACAGGUGGAAAGAAUGAUUUUGCCACGUUACUUGCGAUCUUCCACCAAUACUCCGAAAGCAAUUCACGAAAUAGAUGGUGCAGAAAGAACUAUAUACAUCAAAGGGCUCUCAAAAUGGCUGUCAGCAUUCAUAAACAACUGCAAACAAUUAUAGAGAAACAGAUGAAGGACAAAGGUUUUCCCAGGGUUGCUGACUUGAAAGGGUCCAAGGGCGAGUUCCUACGACGUGUAUUAUGCACAGGGUACUUUGGAAAAGUUGCCAGGAAAGCUCCUACUGGGAAAGGAUUCCGCACAAUGGAAGGUCAUGGAACUAUUGUAUACAUACAUCCAUCUUCAGUGCUGAUUGGAAAAGAAGAAUCUUUAGACUGGGUUAUUUUCCAUGAGGUUGUAUGGACAUCUAAAGUUUAUAUGAGAACUGUCUGUCCGAUUCAGUAUGAAUGGGUUCGUGAUCUUCUUCCACGACUACAUGAACUGGAUGCUUAUUCUCUGAGUGGCUGCUUAGCACCAACAUUUGAUGAUGGAAAAAAAGAGGAUUUGUGUGAAGUAAAAUUAGAAACAUCCAUACCAGAAAUAAAUUCAGUUCCCAAGAUGAGUAAACGCAACAAUGAAGACUCCGUUUCGGAAGCCAGGCUGCGAUACUUUGAAAGAAAGCGAGCUCGUGCAGAAAAGAAAUAAAAUUAAAUCAGUACCAACCAACAGUGACAACCAAGAAACGAAAAAUGUUCUGUGAGACUUGGAGUUGAAAGCAUUUAUUUUCAUCAGAAAAUAAAAAAUAGUUUUUAAAUGAAAUAUGUAAUGUAAUUUUUCUAAUGUAUUUAUUUUUGUAAAUAAACUUUACAGAAGUGCCAGAAUAUAAA